GACAGUCCAACGCUUCUAAUUGGCAGGGACGAAGGGACGGGUCCUCGGCCCGUCCCCCUCGGCCCUCUAGGACCGGAAAAUUCUGGGAAGGCUCGAGGCCGCGGUCCCCGGGGUCCGCAUAGCCCCGAUGAAAAACAGACCCGGGAAAGCUGGUGGGAGUCAGGAGCCCCGGCGAUGAGGGUUGCGAUGAAGGAAGCAGGCUCGGAGCGCCGCCAGCGCAUGCGUAUUGGGGAUCUGAGGCCAGCGUCUUCCGCCGCCAUUGCGGGGAGGCUGUCCUCAGAGCAGGCCUGGCGCGCCGGUGGCUGGACCGGCCCCAGGAGCCCAGUCACCGGGCGUCAUUGGCUCAGGUUGCGGGGCCCUCGGCACCUUCUCCCGCCCGGGUCCACCGCGGCGGCGGCGGCGGCGGCGGCGUCAGGGGGCGGAGCCUGCGGAGCGCCCUUUGUCUGCGGAGGUCAACAUACCUGGCCUAAGGAGGCAGGAUUGAGUGACUCUCACUCACCACUGGUGUUUCUCUUUGAAAGUGGCGCUUGGCACCAGCAUGAAUUCCCCAUCCUCAGCAAUCCCACCGGGUGUUUUGGGUCUUCAACCUAAAAUUCUAUCUUACAAGAUCCUUGCCAGGAUGCAGAUUUGAAUACCAUAGUGAAGUCUGUACAUGAAGAAAUGAUGCUUUUAGGGAGGAAAAAAAAAGGUAAUAACAACCUUCAAGAGCCCCUACAUCUCAACUCGGCAUAAACAAGGCAAGAUUCUGAGAGUGGCCGCCCCUGGAAGCAGAAAUUAUUCUUGUGGCUAUCCAUUGGCUCCUGAGGCUCUAAUCAGAGAUGGGGCACCUUUAGUACCAGGGGAGUGGCUGUUGCCCAUAAGGUACUGGACAUCAACUUUCAAGAGCAGCCCCAGCUCCUGAAGCUGCUGGUCCUGGUGCAUCUCCUGACUUUCAUGUAGAAGAUAGCAGAGCUUUGGCAACAUUACAACAUAAGAACUGCAGAGAGGUGUAAUCCCAGUGGAAGACUGAAUCGAGAGACUCAAAAAGGAAGUUAUGCCUUCUCAGAAUGCUGUUUUUUCUCAGGAGGGGAACAUGGAGGAGAAAGAAAUGAAUGAUGGCUCACAGAUGGUGAGAUCUCAGGAAUCACUGACGUUUCAGGAUGUGGCCGUGGACUUCACCAGAGAGGAGUGGGACCAGCUGUACCCUGCCCAAAAGAACCUCUAUCGAGACGUGAUGCUGGAGAACUACAGGAAUCUAGUUGCACUGGGGUAUCAGCUUUGUAAGCCAGAGGUAAUCGCGCAGUUGGAGCUAGAGGAAGAAUGGGUGAUAGAAAGAGACAGCCUGCUGGAUACUCAUCCAGACGGAGAAAACAGACCCGAAAUAAAAAAGUCAACCACAAGCCAGAAUAUUUCUGAUGAAAAUCAAACCCAUGAGAUGAUAAUGGAGAGACUCGCAGGAGACAGCUUCUGGUACUCCAUCCUAGGAGGACUCUGGGAUUUUGAUUACCAUCCAGAGUUUAACCAAGAAAACCACAAGAGAUAUUUAGGACAAGUAACUUUGACCCACAAAAAGAUCACACAGGAGAGAAGCCUUGAGUGUAAUAAAUUUGCAGAAAACUGUAAUCUGAACUCAAACCUUAUGCAGCAGAGAAUUCCUUCCAUUAAAAUACCCCUGAAUUCUGACACACAGGGAAACAGCAUCAAACAUAAUUCAGACUUGAUUUACUAUCAGGGAAAUUAUGUAAGAGAGACUCCCUAUGAAUAUAGUGAGUGUGGAAAAAUCUUCAAUCAACAUAUUCUUCUUACUGAUCAUAUUCAUACUGCAGAGAAACCCAGUGAGUGUGGGAAGGCCUUCAGCCACACCUCAUCUCUUACCCAGCCUCAGAUGGUGCUUACAGGAGAGAAGCCCUAUAAGUGUGAUGAAUGUGGAAAAAGAUUCAGCCAGAGGAUACAUCUCAUUCAACAUCAGAGAAUUCACACAGGAGAAAAGCCUUUUAUAUGCAAUGGAUGUGGGAAAGCCUUCCGUCAGCAUUCAUCCUUUACUCAACAUCUGAGGAUUCAUACUGGAGAAAAGCCCUAUAAAUGUAAUCAAUGUGGUAAAGCUUUUAGCCGCAUCACAUCCCUUACUGAACAUCAUAGACUUCAUACCGGAGAGAAACCUUACGAAUGUGGUUUCUGUGGCAAAGCCUUCAGUCAGAGGACACAUCUGAAUCAACAUGAAAGAACUCAUACAGGAGAGAAACCCUAUAAAUGUAAUGAAUGCGGGAAAGCCUUUAGCCAGAGCGCACACCUUAAUCAACAUAGGAAAAUCCAUACUCGGGAGAAAUUAUGUGAAUAUAAAUGUGAGCAAACUGUUCGCCACAGUCCUUCACUUAGCAGCACAUAACUCAUGGUGGGGGAAAUCAGAUAAAUAUAUAAAUGCAGGAGAUUUUUUGGUCAGACCUUUUUAUCCCAUUCAAUAUCAAAUUAUUCAUAGUGGAGAGAAAGCUUAUACAUAAAUUUUUGUUUUGUUUUAUUUUUGAGACUGAGUCUCACUCUGUCACCCAGGCUGAAGUGCAGUGGUGCAAUCUUGGCUCACUGCAACCUCUGCCUCCUGGGUUCAAGCAAUUCUUCUGCCUCAGCCUCCUGAGUAGCUGGGACCACAGGUACGCACCACCACGCCCAGCUAAUUUUUUGUAUUUUUAGUAGAGAAGGGGUUUCACCAUGUUGGCCAGGCUGGUCUCGAACUCCUAACCUCAGGUGAUCCACCCACCUCGGCCUCCCAAAGUGCUGGGAUUACAGGUGUGGGCCACUGCACCUGGCCAUAAACUUUCAAUGCGUAGAAACCAAAUUAAUUUAGACCUUAAACUAGCAGCAUAUUACAUUCCCAGGAGGGGUUAUAAAAAGAAAAAAUAAUUUAUUUUACAAAUGAGAUUAUAUUUGGAGUCAUGUUCCAAAUCUGAUAUAAAACUUUUUUAAAAAUCAGAAAUCCUUAUCCAAGCAUGGUGGUGCACACCUGCAAUCCCAGCUACUCUGGAGACUGAGGCAUGAGAAUGACUUGAACAUGGGAGGUGGAGGUUGCUGUGAGCUGAGAUCAUGCCACUGUACUCCAGCCUGGGCAACAGAGCAAGACUCUGUGUCAAAAAAAAAAAAAAAAGAAAGCCUAUAGGCAACAACUUGUAAUUACUCACCUGUAAGUUUUAUGGUAUAAAACUUUUUUUUUUUUUUUUUUUGAGGCAGAGUCUCGCUCUGCCACCCAGGCUGGAGUGCAAUGGCGCGAUCUCGGCUCACAGCAACCUCCACCUCCCGGGUUCCAGCGAUUCUUCUGCUUCAGCCUCCCGAGUAGCCGGGACUACAGGUGCGUACCACCACGCCUGGCUAACUUUUUUUUUGUAUUUUUUAGUAGAGACGGUUUCACCAAAUUGACCAGGCUGGUCUCGAACUCCUGACCUUGUGAUCUGCCCACCUCGGCCUCCCAAAGUGCUGGGAUUAUAGGCGUGAGCGACUGCACCUGGCAGGUUAUGGUAUAAAACUUUUAAAUCAGAAAUUUUGAUUAAUUAAAGACAAUGCUGGCUGGGGGCGGUGGUUCACGCCUAUAAUCCCAGCACUUUGGGAGGCCGAGGUGGGGUGAUCAUCUGAGGUCAGGAGUUUGAGACCAGCCUGGCCAACAUGGUAAAACCCCAUCUCUACUAAAAAUACAAAAAUUAGCUGGGUAUGGUGGUGCACGCCUGUAGUCCCAGCAGCUUGGGAGGCUGAGGCAGAAGAAUUGCUUGAACCCAGUAGGUGGAGGUUGCAGUGAGUCAAGAUCACGCCACUGUACUCCAGCCUGGGCGACAGAGUGAGACUGUCUCAAAAAAAAAAAAAAUAA